GGCAUCCGCCCAGGGACCUCCCAAGAUGGAUGACUUGCUCCAGAAGCUACGCCGGAGCAUUGCGGAGCUGAGCCUCCAAGGGGAUGACUUCACCCGGCAGAUGUGGCACAUGUACAACACCUUCGAGGACGUGGUGGUCAAGGGCGGCCCCGGCAGCGACCAACAUCAGCAGUCAUUGCAGUCGCAGGGCCAACACUCCUUGCCGCCGCAGUCACAACAGCAGCAGCAGCAGCAGCCACAGCCAUCUGUGCCACAGCCACAACACUCCUCGCAACCACAACAGCCACAAACACCACCUUCACAGGCACCGCAGUCACAGCCGCAGCCUCAGCAGUCGCUGCAUCCACCUCGCCACUCCAGUACCAGUGAGCCGACAACGACCUCAGCGGUUGCUCCGACCGCUCGGCCGGAACCUUCGGCAACGCGACUCGUGAAGCCCAUCCGGGCUCCAUCCAGCCCAGACGUCCGCCGUGAUUCCCUGUCGUCCCCGUCGGCUUCUCCAGGAGCCCGGCGGAAGAAACGGCCCAUGUCCCAACGGUGUACGUACGCCGCCUGCCAGAGAAGCGGCACUCCUUCCAGCAACCCGCUCUUGGACACCAUCGGCUCCAUGACGUACGACCCAUGCUGCGAGUCGGACGACUACUACGACCUGGCCAGUGUGUACCUCAGGCGCCGCCAGGGGCGCCACAGCGACGGCGAGUCGAUCGGCUACGCCGGCUCUAUCGACAGCGGGUACAAGAGUCUCUGUCCCACACCCGAGAUCCCGGACUACGACGGUGGGACAGUCACGGGGCAGCCGGACGCCAAGCCCAAGAUCAUGAUGGGCACGCGGCUCAUGUCCAAGCAGGCCAAGCCGACGCAAGAAGAACUGGACGCCGACCUGGAUCACCUGAUGCAACUGCGACAGUCCCUCCUCACUGCCAUCGCCAGAUGCGAAUCUCCGGCGAGUCCAAAGAGCCCUCGAACGACGACAACGACGGCGGGUGAUAAGACGGUUCGGUUCAGCACCGACAAAAGCACCGCGGCGUCGGCCAAGAGCAGGACGACGUCCGCGGCUGGCGCCGGCGGCCGGACCAAGCCGAUACUGAAGGACCCGCUUUGCGCCAACCUGAGGGCGAACAUGGAGCGGCCGGAUAGCGGGGGCACGCUGGAGGAAGAGAUCGACAGCCUGUUGUGCGGCAAGCCGGACUAUUACGACUUGGAUGCCAAGUUCCCGCCAUCCACGUACGUCACCAUGGUGGAGGAGAAGUAUCGCUGCAGUCCAGGCUACAGCGUCGCCAAGGUCAAAUGUUUGAAAGAAAAAUGUCAAGAAUCCUGCAAGGACCACAACCAUGCAACGUUGCUGAAAGCCGAGCACGCUCGGAGACAGCAACAGCAGCAGCUACUUCAUCAUUCACCACAGCAGCAACAGCAGCAACAUCAACCACAUCAACAGCAUUCGCAGCAGCCACAGCAACAAACGCAGCACCGAACACCUUCCCCUGCGCGUCAAGGCCAGAGCAGCGGAGAGCCGGCCGUCAUGGCGACGUGUUCCAGAGGUACCACAAAGUCUGGUCCCGAAUUUCCCAGACCCACCCUGAUUCGCUCCGCAAAGUCACGUUUCAACGAAGUGGCCAAGUGUAUGUUGGAGAUCAUAGAAGACCUCCAGCACAAAAAGCUUGCGGACCCUAGGUCCAACCGAGUUAGGCAGCCCGCACCUACGACGCCGCAAUUACUUCGAGACGCCCACGCCGGCGCCAAGAGGGGUAGCAGUGUGCCACAGCGACCCAUGUCGGACUCCGAGUACCACGUCUACGAAGAAGUUCUCUACGACUUCGUCAGCACGGGAAGCACAACGUCCGACUCCACAAUCAAGCCGCCUCCGCUGCCGGCGAGGCCCGUGGAACCGGGGAACAGACCCAAGCAAAGGAGCAAUCUGUAUUCCCUGGUACGGAACCAAGAGGAGCGGCGCAACAUCUCCAAGUCUCUGGAGCAGGAGUGGAGCAGCGACAAAGGAGAACUGGGGGACGAGUACGGAUUCCGGUCUCUGGCAAACUCCUAAUGAGGGAGCAAGGCCCUUGGUGCUAAUGGAACUUACGGCCCUCGGCGAACUGCCCAGAACCCUGUGAAUGCGAGAGAUCUUUCAAGAUGAGCACCCAGCGGCACGAGCUUGGGUUUGUGCCGGUGACACUUUAGUUGCGGAUUUGUUUUGCUAGGGAUGGGGGGGGGGGGGGGGGGGGGAGACCAAUUCUUAUUGGAAGAUGUGGUGGUCGUUGUUUUGUGUUAUUGAAGAAAACCAGCUUUAGGGAACUGAUUUUCCCGCAUUUUUCUCGAGUUUUAAUACAUUCUGUUUAAUAUAGUAAUCUAACAAAUCUUUGGGAGCCGCAGGCCUCCAAGGUGGGAUAAGUUGUGAGAGGAUGAAAAAUUAGAAGACAACAAACUAGGGAUCUGGGGUUGCUCGCUCACUCGCGAAUCACUGCCACGUCAAUAUUUAUUUGCAAAUCAGCAAGGCCAAAUAAGAACUCCAUAUCUGGGCCAUAAUAGUGUUUUUUUAUAAAAGUGGCAUCGGAAACAAACUUGCUCAAGGUUGCAGUAACACUGGUGGUUGUACCGCAGCCGUGAAACAAUAGCGAAUACUGUUAGUACAGAUCAUCUUCAAGAACGGGCGUUCUAGACUGCGAGGUUGGCCGGGUAUACUUUUGAACUUUUCUUGUUCGUUUCCAAUUCAAGCGCAGCCUAAACGAGUCUACGGCAGCUAAGUGCAUGCUAGAACCACAAAUCAUGUUUGGUAUAAAACAACUGUACCCCUCACACUGUUCCUGUAUGGCGUGAUCACUGUUCAACAUACAUAUCGUCGUUUGUCUGACAUGAAGGCAAAUGAAUUUGUAACUUGUAGAUCACUUUCUCUUCGUCUACAUGUCCAUAGGAUAAGCAUAUCAACGUAACUGCCAGAUACAAGGAUGUAAUAGGAUGUCAGAACUUUACAUUUUGUGAUGACUAAUGAAAUAAGAUAGAAGUGAAAUUAAUAGAAACAUCUGUAGUGCAUGUCACAUACCAUAUCAUUGGUAUAACCUUUUUCAAAUAAUUUAAGUUUAUUCAAAUGUUGUUCAUUUGCAACUUUCAAGCCUUGUCGCUACAAUAAGCGUGACCAAAAGAUACUCUCGGUAACUGGCCGCUAUCAUGAUGCCGUUGCAUCGACGUUGUUUAAGACGGUUAACUUAGGGUAUUUCAUGUAUUCUAAUCUAAAGCAUAAACCGUAUCAAUUUUUAUCAGAGGAAGGAUACGACCGCCGAUGUUUCUCAACAAGGCUUAGUGACUUCGGAGCUGGUGAAGCCAGGUCUCCCGCAGGAUAUUGGUUGUUUAUUUUUAAGUUCUUCUUAAGCGCUUUGAUUAUCUCUAUAAGUUGUUAAGAAUGAAAUAAUGGAUUGUCCUGUUCAAACUAGGAAAUCGAAAAAUGAGAGUAUUUCUGGUAUCCUUCUGCAACUAAUAGUACCAGGUUAUACUGAUUCCCACAGCAUCUGCGCAGCGUUAUCAAAGGAACAGCUACGAAAGCAUAGCACUGCUGGAUAUUUUAUUUGCACGAGCACUUCAAAAGCCCACACACUCGCUUACGUGUCUCUUGUAACGCUCCACGCAAUUCUGAAGGAAGGGGUAUUACAUUCCUUCUAAUAAAAGUCUUUUUUUUUUUUUAUUCCGCCAAUUUUUAGGCUUUAUACCUCACUUAAAGGUCGACGUACAACCUCGGCUUUAUGCAGGGAAAAUAAUCCUCUUAGCGCUCCCCUCUCCUAAGCUGGGAGAGGAGCCAAGUUGGGGCAAGGUAAAAAGUUGAGAGGAUAUAGGAAAGGAGGAGGCGAGUAAACGUGGAAAGCGCAAAGUGUACGUCGGUCUUUAAGAGUGCAAAGCAUAUCGUAGGAACAUGAUGUUGCCUGGCAUGGCCAUACCUAUGAACGUUUGAUACGUGCCUCAACAGAGCCAUCUCUCUUACAAGGGUUCCCUAAGUUUCCGUUGAAUACCCUUAUUGCUACCUUUGCCAGAAAACUUCGUUCCCAAAACAUCUCUUGCUUAGGACUCCAGAAGCAAAAAACAAAAGUGCCAUAAUUAUUUUAGGAUUUAUUUGCACCUCUCUACUUUGUCAUAUAACACAAUGCCUUAGAACUAAUGAGCACACAGCUCGAAAUGCUUAUAAGCAUUUCGAGCUGUGUGGUCUCUGAUCUACGAGUUCUUGUUAUUAAAAAUUUCCGAACGCGCCAGAGGCAGCACAUUUGCAGCAUGCAAACGAACUAUAGGAAGAACUUUGUACCGUGAUCAGUUUCCAACGAGCGCAGUUUUCAAUCAUGUAUAGAAGCGAGUUGUCAAGGUAUAAACACAACCCUGAUCAGUGUCGUCUCACUUUAACAUACCGCUACUUCAAUCGUAGACAUGUGUGACAUAUGCAAACUUAUAUAAACCGAAAAUUGUCAGUAUUGUGUGUGUGUAUAGAGCACUAUAUGUGUAUGAAAAACAAACGAACACGUAACGCGUGCCUACAUUGAAUGUUGUUUCAGGGUGAAUGAAUGUUGACUAAACGCUACCAUCAAUUCAAAAGUUCCAACUGUUUUUUUGUUGUUGUUCCUUUUUGUACAGAAAACAAAUUAUAUAUAGAUGCUUGUAAUCGCGCUCUUGUCUGAAACUCGUGCAAAGAGGCCUUUUCGGGAAGCUCCUCUGGCACCCUGCCUCAAACCCCCAUCUGGCAGGCAACUGUUCAGCCCUGAAGUUGCUCGAAGAAGCGCGUGGACGGAUGCCUGUUUACGUGUACAAAAAGAUAAUAAAAGUAUGGAAAGAGUUUA